AUCGGACUAAGAAACAGCUGUUGCUGCUUUGUUUAUAAACGUUUUUGAGCGGCAUUUUAGUAAUAAUUUGCCUUUAUUCAGUAUCCAAUACAAUGGAGGCCAAGAAAAUCUCAUUUGGUUUUAGCAAAGUAACAAAGAAAUCAAAUAUUCUGCCAGUCAAGACCUCAAUUGCCGCUGCCAAGGAAGAGGCGAAAAAGGUAGAGUUGAUUGAAUGCCUGGAGGGCAAGGAAAUCAAAUUGGUCGAUGGCGGUAAACCGGAGGAGGCUCCGCUGGUCAUACAGAUGGUAACCAAUCAAAAAACAUCUACAGCUCUAGCAAGUCUAUUGAAAAGGCGAGCUGUGUUACUUGGGGAAGAUGAAAAGCCAGAUGAUUCGGAGCCACAAACCAUUACAGAGGUCACAGUUAACGACAGCGAUAAUCUGGAAGAGCGUGCGGCACGCGAAUUGCUAGCAUCCGUCCAGGCGAAUAACAGUGAAGGUCUUGAGGAGAAUAAACUUGUCUUGCCGGCCGUGAAAGCAGAUGAAUUGCCUUUGGAUGGUGCUAAGGAAGCAACAUUAGAUGAUUAUGAUUCUAUUCCGAUUCAGCAAUUUGGCCUGGCGAUGCUACGCGGCAUGGGCUGGGUAGAUCCGCCGCCAAAAAAGAAGGGACAAGGACCCGUUGUGGAUGAUGCACCAUUUUUGAGGCCAAAAGGCAUGGGGCUAGGAGCAGACAAGGCGCUUAAGCCAAAGGCUCUGUUGGUCCAGCCUGAGAAAAAUGAAGUGCUAGAGAUUAAGAAGCAGGCCUACGUACGCAUCCUGGGUGGCAAGCUAAAGGAUCAGUACGGUCAGGUCGAAGGAUUUGAUGAUCAUGCUGGCCGGGUGAUUGUUAAAAUGGCAAUUGGUGGUGCCAAAGAAGCCUUUAAUGAGUUUCUCUGUCAGCCAGUUUCAAGCAAGGAAUACUCUCAGUAUGGCAAAUGCAUAAACACAGCCAAGUACGAGGAGUUUAAGAAACUGGAAAAUAAACAUGGCCAGAUAAUUGUGAAACGAGAAAAGUCCGCAGAUCGGGACCAAAGGGAAGACAGAGAUGAGGAUCGAGAGCAAAGACAGCGAUUAAGUAGAGACGACGAACGUCGAAGAUACAAAGAGGAGGAACGUAAACCAUACAGGUUAGAUAGAGGGCACAAAGAUGCAGAUGAUCGCCCCGAAAGGAGGCGCGAUAAAGGAGAUUCCCGUGGCAGUAGCAGUAGCACCAGCACAUCAACAUACAGAGCAAGUAGGACAGAAGAACGUACAGAUAGAAGAAGAGAUACUGAAGACAAGAGAUCAAUUCGCGAAGAGGAUCGAGAGACAAAGUCAAAUAAAUGUGAGGACCAUAGACAGCGGAGUUCUGAUGAUGAAGCGGACGAUACAGGUGAAUCCACAGAAAGUGAUUCGGACUCUGCCUAUGAACGGAAAAAACACAAGUCCAGCAACAAAUCAAAAAAAAAGAAAUCGAAAAAGGCAAAAAGUAAAUCAUCCCGUCGCAAAGCUAGCAACGUGCAAAGCAAUUCUGACGAAAGCUCAGACGAAUAUCGCCGCCAUUCGAGCAGCAAACACAAAAAGAAGACCAAGAAGAGUAAACAUGCGCGUUCCCGCACCCGAUCCAGGUCCCGAUCACGGGCAGGACGUGCCAGAUAAUGAAUUUUUAUAUAGAUUCAUAUUUAUUUUAAUUA